ACACCGGCUUCGAUCUAUUAGGUGCCAGCGCCGGUCUUGUUACAAGUAUAUACCUAAUACUUAUAUAUUGUAUUAUUGGAUUGCAAGCUUUAUUUAUUAAUCAAGAGAAGCACAACUUCAUAAGACCUAUAAUGUCUAACAGAUUGUAUCCACUGUACCAGAGAGGCAAUCCGCAGCUGCGGUCAUUCCUGACUAAUUUCAAUGUCUUUCCUGUGCGACCAACAGUCAAGCAGCCACCAAAUGUUGUCACUUUCCACUGCUCCAUGAAGAUGACAGUCCACGACAUAAAGAACUACCUUACUAAAAUAUAUAAACUUCCAGUGGAACAUGUCAGAAUGGAGAUUCAGAUGGGGUGAAGGGCAGACGUUCCAGUUCCCGAACCUGCUGCCGGCCGACCUCAUCGACGAAGACUACAACUACGACGAACAGCUGCAGCGUCUCACUAAGGAAUACAAGGCUAGCAUAAAGCUCCAGAAAGAUCGUCAACAUCUGCCGUCGUGGUUUGGUCUCUAGAAACUUCUGUGUAUCAUUUGACUUCAGUUGUAAAUGAGUAUGUGAUUAACAUGUUCAAUUGGUGAAUGGGUUCAAACACAGCGAUGAAUCAUCACUAGCAUUCGGAAAAAAUUGAUGUUGUUAUUGAUAAUAACAGAGGACCUUGUUGUUAACACACUCAUAGGAGCAGUUUGAAUUAUUAUGUGCAAAGAGAAGACUCUUCCUGAAUUAAGGUUGAAAUUCUGUACGUAACUAUAUUUUUUUAUAUACAAAAAUUACAAUGCAAUGCAUGGUGUAGCCAUUUAUUCAGUGGUGGCCAGGAUAGAAGUUUCUCCUGUGAUGUUCAUUUGUAUUAUAUAAUACUAGUUCUUACCUGCAUUUUCAAAUUAUUGCCGAACUAAUUGUGUAAAAGAUUUCAAGAAGUUUCACCAGCUGUUGCAUAGUGUUUUUUCAAGCGUCAAUCUGUGCUUUAUUUAGGACAUGUUCGAGUAAACUUCUCAUAAUAA